CGCUCCUUGUUGGGCUUUCUCUCCGCUCGUCCCGGCGCCCUGUUUCCGGCAGCGAAGCGGUGGCAGCUCCGUCCUUCCGCCGGCUGCUCGUCCGGCGCUGUGUGCGUGUGGCCGCCGCCAUUUUGUGAAGAAAGGCGGCGGAGGCGAGUCCGCGGCCGGUUGGUAGCGGUCUUGCAGUGCCGUCCCUCCGCCUAUAGCGGGGAGAAGGGGGAGGUGGGGUCGGGCUCCGCCUCCCAGCAUUGCGGCGGGGGAGGCUGUCGUGUACUGGAGCAUGUUUUUACCAAGAUCUGUUAAAGUCAAGAGAACUGCUGCUGAGGAUGGAAGUUGUACAGCUGCUAAGAAAAAUAGAUUGUCUUCUGGAGAAUCUUUGCUAGAGGAGACGACCAAGUUUGAAGACUGUAAGUCAGUUAGAACAGAAACUUCUGCUUCAGGGUGCAGUGAAGUUGUACAAGAACACGCAGAAGCUGCAGCUGCAGACCCUGGUGUUGUUAGUACAGCUUUGGGAAAGGACAACCAAAAUACUGAUGAAGGCAGCUCUUUGGAAGAACCCAUAAAAUCCUUCAGCAAAUCCCAGCGCUGGGCAGAACCUGGAGAACCUGUAUGUGUUGUGUGUGGUCGGUAUGGAGAGUAUAUCUGUGAUAAAACAGAUGAAGAUGUUUGUAGCUUGGAAUGUAAAGCCAAACACCUUCUACAGACUCAAGAAAAGGAAAACAAGCUAAAAUCUGAUCAACUCACCAAAGCAGAUUCUCAGUCAGAAGCACAACUGCCUAAUACACCUUAUUUCUACAGGGAUCAUUCCUUUAUUUUAAAUUUGCAGGAUGAGCAGAUUGAGAAUCUUAAACUGCAGCUAGGUAUUGCUGUCCAGGGCCAGCAAAUUCCAAGACCUAUUUUAGAGUUUCAACACUGUGGUUUUCCUGAAACUUUAAACUACAAUUUAAAGAACUCUGGCUAUGAAGUACCAACUCCUAUCCAAAUGCAGAUGAUCCCUGUUGGACUGUUAGGGAGGGAUAUUGUUGCUAGUGCAGACACAGGUUCUGGAAAAACAGCAGCCUUCCUGCUCCCUGUUAUUAUGAAGGUUUUGAAAGAGACAGAAACUCCAUCUGCCCUUAUUUUGUCACCAACAAGGGAGUUAGCAAUUCAGAUAGAGAGACAAGCUAAAGAAUUGAUGGCUGGAUUGCCAAACAUGAGAACUGUUCUCCUGGUAGGAGGCUUACCACUGCCACCACAGCUUCACCGUCUCAAGCAAAGUGUUAAGGUUAUAAUAGCAACACCUGGAAGGCUUCUUGAGAUUUUAAAGCAAAGUUCUGUUCAACUGCAUGGCAUAAAAAUCGUAGUGGUGGAUGAAGUGGAUACCAUGUUAAAAAUGGGUUUCCAGCAGCAAGUGUUGGAUAUUUUGGAAGACAUCUCUCACGAUCGUCAAACUAUACUGGUGUCAGCCACGAUUCCAGUGGGCAUUGAACACUUAGCAAAUCAGCUUCUGCACAAUUUUGUAAGAAUAACAGUUGGAGAAAAGAAUCUCCCGUGUUCCAAUGUUCGCCAGAUUAUCUUGUGGGUAGAAGAGCCAUCUAAAAAGAAAAAGCUAUUUGAAAUACUAAAUGAUAAAAAACUCUUCAAGCCUCCAGUGUUGGUAUUUGUGGACUGUAAACUAGGAGCAGAUCUGUUGAGUGAUGCUGUUCACAAGAUUACAGGAUUGCAGUGUACAGCUAUGCAUUCUGAAAAGUCUCAGGUGGAAAGAACAGACAUAUUACAGGGAUUACUUCAGGAGAAGUAUGAAGUUAUAGUAAGUACUGGAGUCCUUGGGCGAGGUCUGGACCUUGUCAACGUCAAACUGGUAGUAAAUUUUGAUAUGCCUUCAAGUAUGGAUGAAUAUGUACAUCAGGUUGGAAGAGCAGGAAGGUUGGGUCACAGUGGGACUGCAAUUACUUUUAUCAAUAACAACAGCAAGAAGCUCUUUUGGGAUGUUGUGAAGAGAGUAAAACCAACAGGCACCAUUCUUCCCCCACAGCUGCUUAAUUCCCCGUAUCUUCAUGACCAAAAGAGAAGGGAACAACAGAGACUUAAACAAUUACAGAAUAGGCUUGUAACAGGAGAUAAUAUAAUGGACAUUAUUAGAAAACAUGACAAAAAUAAUUCUCAGAGGUAAUAAAGAUAUAUUUAUAGUUAUGUAAUCAUAAUUAAAGUGUGAUUAAAAAUAAACAUGGAGUUUUGAUGCCUUGUA